CAAUAAUGGUUGAAAUAGCAUUAUCCUUCUUUUGUCUCCACUUGAUUUCGUUCAAACUUUAGCCACAAAGAACUGCUGAAAGAAGGCUAUCCAUAAACACAUUAAUUCCUAGUUUGGCAGGCAAGAGAUCAAGAGAAGAGGAAAUGGCUGAUCAGGCAGCUGCAGCUCAUAGCGGUAGCAGCAAAAACAGAUGGUCACUUCAUGCCAUGACUGCUCUUGUUACUGGUGGAACCAAAGGAAUAGGGUAUGCUAUCGUAGAGGAAUUAGCUGCACUGGGAGCAAGAAUACACACGUGCUCACGAAAUGAAACUGAUCUCAACAAGUGCUUACUUGACUGGGACGCAAAGGGUUUCCAGGUUACUGGUUCAGUCUGUGAUGUAUCAUCUCAGGCCCAAAGAGAGAAGCUAAUAAACACUGUCUCCUCUGAAUUUGGUGGAAAACUCAACAUCCUGAUUAACAAUGUGGGGACAAGCGUUUUAAAGCCGACUCCAGACUUCACCGCUGAAGAUUUCUCAUUUAUCAUGGGGACCAAUUUUGAGUCUGCUUACAACUUGUGCCAACUUGCAUAUCCUCUUUUGAAAGCUUCAGGGGCAGGAAGCAUUGUUUUUCUCUCUUCAGUUUCUGGGGUGGUAUCAGUAAGUUUUGGAUCUUUAUAUGGAGCAACAAAAGGAGCCAUGAACCACCUUGCAAAAUACUUGGCAUGUGAGUGGGCAAAGGACAACAUAAGGGUCAACUCUGUUGCACCUUGGUUCAUCCAAACUCCCCUUACCGAAGAUUACAUUCAAAAGUUUUCAGAGAUUAUUAUCUCUCGAACUCCAUUGGGACGCAUUGGAGAGCCAGAGGAAGUGUCAUCCUUGGUGGGAUUCCUGUGCCUACCAGCGUCCUCUUAUAUAACAGGGCAGACGUUUUGCAUCGAUGGGGGCAUGUCAGUGAAUGGCUUCUUCUACCAUGAAACCUUACUCGGGAAGAACAGUCAGGCUAAUUCCCUAUCUUGAAAUGCUGCAUAAGGCUUUGUCCAAAAAACAAAACAACAAAAUAAGAAAUGUUGCAUUUGGCACCUCAGCUACAGCUUCCUAGUUGUUGCUAGUCUUUCUCUUUCUUUUCCCUCAUAAUCUGCCUGUCUGAGUAUGUAGCUACUCAAUAAAAAAAAAAAUUCUGAACUGCUGCCCGUGUUUGAAUUUGGAUUUCCUUUCUGUUGUCCACCAAAAAUGAAACAAAAGCUGCUGCUUCUUUCGUUUUUGCUAUAAUUACUCUUCUAUA